CUGCUCCGUAGCCGUUGCCGUGCUGUUGGCGCUACUCGACGCGGCGUGCGUGGCGCGACGGAGAUCUUCGCGAGCGGCGACCUCGACGAACGGCGGAUCGCCGAGCUGGUGGAGCAGCGCGCGCCGAUCGACGUCUUUGGCGUCGGCACGGCGCUGAGCACCUCGUCCGACGCGCCGGCGCUCGGUGGCGUCUACAAGCUCGUCGAGGUGGAGCGUGCCGGGCUCGCGCAACCGGUGCUCAAGCUGAGCCAGGGCAAGGGCACGUAUCCCGGGGUGAAACAGGUGUGGCGCGUAAGCGAUUGCGGCAGGCCGACCCACGACGUUCUUGCAAAGGACGAUGAACCGCCGCCACGAGCGGGCCGGCCGCUGCUCUCGCCGGUCAUGCGUCGGGGACGACGCCUGCGAGCGGCUCCGGUCCUGCACGAGAUUCGCGAGAGUGCGCUGCGAGCGGUGGAGGCACUGCCGGAGUCCGUCCUGGGACUGGAUGGGGCAGCGGACUAUCGCGUGGUCGUCAGCGACGGGCUGGUGCGGCUCACGGAGGACCUGCAGCGGCGCGUGCACGCGGUCGCUGGUUGA